UCUGUAUCUCUGCUUAUUCGGAUAUCUUUCCCUUUUAAAAAAUAAAUAAAUUAUACGCUUACUACAUGGAGCCUACAAUGAUCUGUCUAUAUGGCCUAUAUCUACCCAUUCUGUAUCUUUUGACUUAACAGCAACUCUCAAACAGUACAAACAGGAAAAAUGGAUUACUUGAGGAUGAAGACACAGGACGAAGUCCCAAGUGGUCAGAUCAGUAAAGAUUUUAAGGAGAUUAGUAAUGCUACAAAGAAGUUUGCUUCUGAUGUUAUCAAGCUUGGUGGUUUGGGAAUCGGCACCUCUAUUCUUCAAUGGAUUGCUUCCUGUUCUGCAAUUUAUUUGUUGGUUUUGGAUCGCACAAACUGGAAGACAGAGAUCCUCACCGGACUCUUAGUUCCUUAUAUUUUCUUCAGUCUUCCUGGGGUGGUGUUCGACCUUCUGAGAGGAGAAGUUGGAAUGUGGAUUGCUUUCGUGACUGUCAUAUUGCGCGUUUUCUUUCCAAAACAAUACCCUGAUUGGCUUGAUCUACCAGGUUUCAUCAUCAUCAUCAUAGUGGUGGCUCCGAGUUUGGUUACCUACUACGCUCGUGGUGGUUGGAUUGGCGCAGGAGUAUGUUUGGCAAUCGGAUGUUACUUGCUGCAAGAACACAUCCGAGCAUCAGGAGGGUUUAGGAACUCUUUCACAAGGGCUAACGGGGCAUCCAACACCGUUGGCAUAAUCCUUUUGCUCGCCUAUCCAAUUUGGUUUAUGAUAACCAACCUCUUCUAAUUUACUUGAGUUUUUUUUUGUUUUUCUUUUUCUUUCUGUGGCUUGUACAUUUGUUGAGUUCUUUUACAACAAAGUACAAGGUGUAUUGUAUUAUCCUAUCAUUGAAUUUGUAAUUGCAUUUUAAUUAAUGUGUUGGACAUGAUUUCAUCUGUGUGGAUCUAAGCUACCCAGUGUCGAAUAAAUUUGUAUGGAUUUUCGAUCUGAAAACAUUUGUCACAUCAAUUUGUUGAUC